GCUGCUGCUGCUGCUGCUGUUGCUGUCACUGUCGCGGUCACUGCUAACACUGCCGCUGGUGCUAGUAUUGACACAGUAAAGCCAAGCAUUGCAAGGGACGAUGCUGAGCAUGGCGGGCAUACUUUGGUGCAUGAUGCGGCGAAGGGGUCAGAGGAUAUGGACAUUGACGUGCCAGAUACCGAAAGAGACGCGCUGCCGCCGGCGCCACCAGCACUGUCGUCGCAACAGAGGGCGAGCAAGAAACAGCGAGUGGAAAAGGCGGUGUUUUUGCGCGGACAUUCGGGCCCCGUAUUCCUAUGUGCUUGGAAUCCGCACAUCACCGGCAUGCUGGCGACCGGAGCAGGCGACGGCACGGCGCGUAUCUGGGAUACACGCACGACAACAUCAUUGACACCAGGUGCAGAGGCCAUAGUGCUGCGACAUGAUACUGGGCCGGCAGGUGCGGGGGCACGUACGGAUGUGACAGCCAUAGCGUGGAACACACAGGGGACAUUGCUGGCCACGGCGAGUUUUGCUGGGCAAUUGCGUAUUUGGUCAACACAGGGUGAGCUCAAGCAGACCUUGGGUAGUCGCCAGGUGCCGAUAAUAGCACUGCGGUGGAACCGCAAAGGCUCGCUGCUGCUCAGCGGAUGCCUCGAUGGCACAUUGGCGCUCUGGGAUGUGGCGAACUCGGGCUUGCUUCGCCAUGAGUACCGGGCACACACGGGUUCUGUCCUGGACGUCGACUGGCUGGACAACACGACUUUUGCAUCGUGCGCUUCGGACCGCAAUAUUUCAAUUUGGCAUGAUGGCACCCCGACGCCGACAAGGACACUGGUCGGGCAUACGGGCGAUGUCAAUGCGCUUCGGUGGCAUCCCUCUGGAAAAUACCUGGCGAGCGGGUCUGACGACGGGUCAUUGAAAAUAUGGACGUUGAAUUCUGACACGCCCCUGCAGGAUUUUAUCGGCCAUGCGCAACAGGUGUAUGCUGUUCGGUGGAUGCCGCGCUCGGACAAGGUUGUGGUUGCGUCGGCGUCGUUUGACGGCACCGUGCGGGUGUGGGAUGUCCUGGCGGGUACCUGCUUGAGGGUGUUGGCGGCGCACACGGAGGCUGUGCAUUGUCUUGCGUUUAGCUCUGAUGGCCGGUAUUUGGCCACAGGCUCGUUUGAUAAGAGAGUCAGGGUGUGGAGUAUUAAGGAUGGCACUCUGUUCAAGUCGUUUGUUGCUGAUGACGGUAUACAUGAUGUCCAGUGGGCGCCGAAGGGCCGUGUUGCAGUAGCUAUUGCAAACUCGCAGGUCGCUUUGUUUGAUCCAUUGGCUCCAUCUGCCUAAUACUUACUUAUCUUUAAUUAUCUUUUUAUUGUCUCAUUCUCCAACCACCCCCUCUCCCCUCCCCAUGUAAACAAUCUAUUCCUUUUUCUUAUUCAUUCACUUAUUUUUUAUCUUUUAUAUAAAUCAAUUUAUCAAUCUUAUUUGCGACCCAGUUUUUAUAAUUUCUUAUGGUAA